AUGGCAAACUCGAAGUCGCCGACCUCAGACUCCGCUGAAGCCCUCCAUGGGCUUAUAAACGAUGUGCUAGUCCAAACAGGCAAGGCACUGAAGUCUCUUAGCAAGGAUGGCAGGCAUCAAUUCCAGGCCCAGAUUUCCUUGCAAACAAAGAUGCCAGAGAUCAUCGAGAGCUUCCACUGGAAAUUGGACGAUCUAGAGAGCGAGAUAAUAAGAGCCAAGGCUGCCCUGCAAAGAGACCUGGAUCGGUUCCAGCAAGCAAAAGCAAGACAGCCCGUACAGCAGCCUGCGCCAGUCGAUGCACAAACUAAAUCACCCAUGGCCAUAGACCUCGACUCAUCAUCUCGGGAGCCGUCGCCACCCGAGAAUAAGACCCAGAUCACGGAGGCUACGGGCCCGCAUCGGGUCCCCGCAGAACCGAGCACUGCUCCUCCAUCAAUGGCUCCGUUUCCUGACAUGGGCGUCAGCUUCCAACCAGCGCCCGAACCCAGUCCGCAAGUGAAGCAGGAGACGACGCCCGCGCCACCCGCUGCGCCACCCGCUAUGAUGGCUCCCAUGGGCGAGAUCAAACAGGAAUUGAAGACCACGCCGCCAGGUUCGCAACCUCAGCCAUCAGGUGCCCCAGAGGCGCCCAUGGACGACUUGUUCGGCCUUGGCAGCGAUUCCGGCGGCGGUACUGAAGGGAACAAUCCAGAGUUCCACUUCACGGAUAUGACUUUCAGCUUGGCGCCACCCAACAACGAGGCACAAGACCAAGCUCAAUCGCAAGACACAGCCAUGGACAUGUCAUUCGGCUCCGGCGACAUGGGCGGCGACCUCCUGACCCUCGAUAACCUCCUUCCUCCAGACAACGCUACAAAACAAGAGGCUGGUUCGGCUCCGCCAGCAGCAGCAGCAGCAGCAACAGCAGCAGCGGCGGCGGCAGCGGCAGCAGCCAACCAGGAGAAGCCGGUGGAAGCCAAGAUGGAGAAGCAGGAGUCAUCGAACCUAGACGAUCUGUUCAAUCUCGAUGGUAACACAAGCAUGGAGAAUAUGGAUCUCGAUAUGAACAUGGGCGGCGAUGGGGGAGACGGCAACAGCUUCGAUGACAUGUUCUUCGGGGACAUGACGGAGAUGGAGCACGGCAAGUUUGACGAUGCCUUCUUUGGAAUUCAGUAA